AUGGAAAGACCAAACCCUAGGGGCGUGUUUGGUUGGGGAUUAUCAAUGAUAACCUUGGUUUUUCACGAUUCCGGGGUUAUCAAUCUUUUUCUUCCAAAAUUUCCCUCCGACUACUCCGAUGACAACCACGCAUCUCUCUCCCUCGACCUCUUCCGACGCCGCCCAAGAUCCCCUUCCCGCCCUCGCCCCUUCAUCCCUCCGGUGUUUUGGUCCGACAACGACCUCGAAGAGCUUGAGCGCCCUGGGUGCCUUGGCCUCGAUUCCGUGUUCGACGGGGAAGAGGACGAGAGCGAAACGGUGGAUGUUGCGGAUCGGGGAAUGAUCGUCUCGGAUUGGGCCUCCGACAACUUCUUCAUUGGGCAGAGACGCUGCCCUUCUGACUCGGCCAAGUUCUCCAAGACCCGACAUAUGGAUGAAGGUGGCCUUAGGGUUACCGGAAUCGACUCCGAUUCAGAUUCCGAUGAACAGAUCGUCACCAUGUUCGGCGAGCAAAUGGUGGCUGAAAUGGGCAUGGACUUCGAUGAUGGCAUAGGGCAGUACGAGCUCUAUGAUGAGUUCGAUGCUCCUCUCCGUUGGCACAGCAUCCAACUGGGAAACGACCGGAGGGACGUCAACGAGGGAUUUGAGUGGGAGGAGAUCAACAGUCAGGACGAAGAAAGAGAUUCUAUUGAUGUAAUGGUUCUUGGGCAUGACGCGAGGUCAGAUGAGAGUAGAAUGUUGACGGUUACUGAGGUUGAAGAUGAAGCAGUGGUCAGAAACGUUGAUAGGCAAAUUCUCUUGGCCAUGAACGACCUGGGAAGGAGUCCACUCGAUCCUGAUGAAGUCGGAGCCUACUUUGAGGACCAGGAUGGUCUCGCCUAUGCCUCCGAUUACGAGCCCUAUAAGGUACUAUUCGGGCAACUGUUCGAGCAAAAUAGCAACUCCAAGGGCAGUCCGCCGAUGGCUAAGUCAGUGGUUGAGAACCUCCCUUCGAUGGUGCUAAGGAAAGAAGAUAUCACCGAGAUCGAUGUUGUUUGUGUUGUUUGCAAGGAUGGAAUUCAGAUUCAACAAUUUGCUUUAUGA